CUCUAUUUUUAGCUGGCGAGGGGACUGGGUGACCCAGUCUGACUGCAACACGUACAGACACACUUCACUGAGACCCCAACACUUGUUCACCUGCUGGCUGUUUGUUUUCAUGUAUGGUGUAUGGCAAAGAGGAGCAUCUCCACACCGCCAGAACAGAUUGAUGUGGCUAAGGGAAUGGCUUUGCUGCUUGGUGCUGGAGCUGUUACCUGUGUCCUACUCAUCGAACAUCCAUCUUGGUAACUAGUGAAGUGGCAAUUGGAGAAGACCAUGUGUCAGUCGGAGGUGCCAGGAGCUAGAGUGGGCCUGAACAGUCCUGACCCGCUGGUGAGAGAGGCUUUUCUGAUGGCCCAUGACUACAUAGACUAUGUAACCACAGGGGGGGCAGAUGGCACCAUGGGUCCAGCCCCCACAGCCUGCACCACGGCCCUGCGCUUUGCCGGUGACGAGCUCCUCAACCGCUUCCCCAUCUUCUUCCGCCGCUGGCCUCGGGUCUUCCAGGACGUGACGGCGAACACGGCCUGCCCCACGCUCAUGAGCAUCCUGGACGAGCACUUCUUUCCACACGUCCCUGGGGGGCGGCGCAGGGACCUGGCCUGGAGCGCCGUGCUAUCGGUGUAUGUGCUGGCUGGCCAGAUGGCUCUGCAUUGCCAAGAGAAGGGCAUGCUGGAGGCCCUGCCAAAGCUGAAGGAGUGUGUGGGGUCCUAUGUGGAGAGGGUCAUCUGCCCUGAGAUACGAGACAAAGGAGGAUGGAGUGGUUUUGUAUCACGCUUUGGAGAGAAGCAGGGCUUGGAGGGCCAGGUGAAGAAAGGGUGCUGUUGGACUCUGCUGGCAUUGGCCACAGGCAUCAUCACCUACUUCUUGUGGAAAAGAAUAGUUUAGCCAACACUGCCACCUAGUGACCACAACCAAACCUCUCC